AUGUGUACUGUAUACACAGAUUAUUAUAUGUGUGGUCAUGUGAAGGGAACGAGAACGACCGCGUGUCUAAAUCCUGCGACCUGCGUGAAGAGUUAUGCUUAA